AUAUGGUGAGGGAUUAAGGAAGUAAAGAUAUAGCUGGCAAAAGGUUGGCUUGGCGAGGUCAGCGAGCCCCUCAACCGCAAUUUGAUUCCUCCUUCUCAAAGAGUGGAGAUCUGGUGCUUCGAGGUUGGAGAUGAGCGCAUCGAGAUUCAUAAAGUGCGUCACGGUCGGUGAUGGUGCUGUUGGCAAAACCUGUAUGCUGAUUUCGUAUACCAGCAACACCUUCCCUACGGACUACGUGCCAACCGUGUUUGACAAUUUUAGUGCCAAUGUUGUUGUUGAUGGAAGCACUGUCAACCUAGGAUUAUGGGAUACUGCAGGUCAGGAGGAUUACAACAGAUUAAGACCCUUGAGCUAUCGAGGAGCUGAUGUUUUUAUACUUGCUUUCUCUCUCAUAAGCAAGGCCAGCUAUGAGAAUGUUGCAAAGAAGUGGAUUCCUGAACUAAGGCAUUAUGCUCCUGGUGUUCCAAUAAUUCUUGUUGGAACAAAGCUCGAUCUUCGAGAUGAUAAACAGUUUUUUGUUGACCAUCCUGGUGCAGUGCCCAUCACUACAACUCAGGGUGAGGAACUGAGGAAACUUAUUGGAGCUCCUGCCUACAUUGAGUGCAGUUCGAAAACACAGCAGAAUGUGAAGGCGGUUUUUGAUGCAGCUAUUAAGGUGGUACUCCAGCCACCAAAACAAAAGAAGAAGAAGAGAAAGGCUCAAAAGGCUUGCUCCAUAUUGUGAUCAAGGGCAGAAUUAGAUUUGACCUAAAGUUACGAUGACCUGCCAGCCUUUAUUUGUCAGUCUGUAUCGUUUACGUUCGCCAGCAGCGAGCCGUUGUGUAUAUUCUCGACUGACAUUCUAGAGAUUCAUGUGAAAGAUUUGGGAUGUUUUGUUUUACUUUUUAUUUUCUAGAGUGCGAUUGAUUAGAAUUCCUUGUUAACAAAUAUGUACGCCUCUUUGAGUUUGUCUCAUGUAUUAACCAGUCACGAGCAAGAUUCUUAUUAUCUUCCUUGGACAAUUCAUGAUAGACUAAAAACUGUCUUCAUUGUCUCUUUUUUUUAAUUAAUUAUUUUUAAGCACUUUAUCAACGGUAAAGGCAGAAAAUUAGCUGUUCUUUGCGAUUCCAAGCCAACC